CAGAACGUCUCACAGCAUGUCCUACAGUACGUCUCACAGCAUGUCCUACAGUACGUCUCACAGCAUGUCCUACAGAACGUCUCACAGCAUGUCCCACAGUACGUCUCACAGCAUGUCCUACAGAACGUCUCACAGCAUGUCCCACAGUACGUCUCACAGCAUGUCCUACAGUACGUCUCACAGCAUGUCCUACAGCAUGUCCUGCACAACGUCUCACAGCAUGUCCCACAGCACGUCCCACAGCAUGUCCUACAGUACGUCUCACAGCAUGUCCUACAGUACGUCUCACAGCAUGUCCUACAGAACGUCUCACAGCAUGUCCCACAGUACGUCUCACAGCAUGUCCUACAGAACGUCUCACAGCAUGUCCCACAGUACGUCUCACAGCAUGUCCUACAGAACGUCUCACAGCAUGUCCUACAGUACGUCUCACAGCAUGUCCUACAGUACGUCUCACAGCAUGUCCUACAGAACGUCUCACAGCAUGUCCUACAGUACGUCUCACAGCAUGUCCUACAGAACGUCUCACAGCAUGUCCUACAGAACGUCUCACAGCAUGUCCUACAGCAUGUCUCACAGCAUGUCCCACAGCAUAUCUCACAGCAUGUCCUACAGAACGUCUCACAGCAUGUCCUACAGAACGUCUCACAGCAUGUCCUACUACAGUACGUCUCACAGCAUGUCCAACAGAACGUCUCACAGCAUGUCCUACAGAACGUCUCACAGCAUGUCCUACAGUACGUCUCACAGCAUGUCCUACAGAACGUCUCACAGCAUGUCCUACAGUACGUCUCACAGCAUGUCCAACAGAACGUCUCACAGCAUGUCUCACAGCAUGUCCUACAGAACGUCUCACAGCAUGUCCUACAGAACGUCUCACAGCAUGUCCUACAGUACGUCUCACAGCAUGUCCUACAGAACGUCUCACAGCAUGUCCUACAGAACGUCUCACAGCAUGUCCCACAGUACGUCUCACAGCAUGUCCUACAGAACGUCUCACAGCAUGUCCCACAGUACGUCUCACAGCAUGUCCUACAGUACGUCUCACAGCAUGUCCUACAGUACGUCUCACAGCAUGUCCUACAGAACGUCUCACAGCAUGUCCUACAGUACGUCUCACAGCAUGUCCUACAGAACGUCUCACAGCAUGUCCUACAGUACGUCUCACAGCAUGUCCUACAGAACGUCUCACAGCAUGUCCUACAGAACGUCUCACAGCAUGUCCUACAGCAUGUCUCACAGCAUGUCCCACAGCAUAUCUCACAGCAUGUCCUACAGAACGUCUCACAGCAUGUCCUACAGAACGUCUCACAGCAUGUCCUACAGUACGUCUCACAGCAUGUCCCACAGUACGUCUCACAGCAUGUCCCACAGUACGUCUCACAGCAUGUCCUACAGAACGUCUCACAGCAUAUCCCACAGUACGUCUCACAGCAUGUCCUACAGUACGUCUCACAGCAUAUCCUACAGUACGUCUCACAGCAUGUCCUACAGUACGUCUCACAGCAUAUCCUGCAGAACGUCUCACAGCAUAUCCUGCAGAACGUCUCACAGCAUAUCCUACAGUACGUCUCACAGCAUGUCCUACAGUACGUCUCACAGCAUAUCCUGCAGAACGUCUCACAGCAUAUCCUGCAGAACGUCUCACAGCAUAUCCUACAGUACGUCUCACAGCAUGUCCCACAUACAUCCCACAGCAUGUCCCUCUGCAUGUCCCACAGCAUAUCCUACAGAACGUCUCACACUACGUCUCACAGCAUGUCCUACAGCAUGUCCUGCAAAACGUCUCACAGCAGGUCCCACAGCACGUCCCACAGCAUGUCCCACAGCACGUCCCACAGCAUGUCCCACAGCAUGUCCUGCACAACGUCUCACAGCAUGUCCCACAGCACGUCCCACAGCAUGUCCCACAGCACAUCUCACAGCAUGUCCCACAGCACGUCCCACAGCAUGUCCUACAGUACGUCCCACAGCAUGUCUCACAGCAUAUCCCACAGCAUGUCCUACAGUAAGUCCCACAGCAUGUCCCACAGCAUGUCCCACAGCAUGUCCUACAGUAAGUCCUACAGCAUGUCUCACAGCAUGUCCCACAGCAUGUCCUACAGAGGUGCGCAGUUCCAGCCUGCUCUGCUCUGCUCUGCUCUGCUCUGCGCUUCUUUCACCAAGCUGACAUGA